AUGGAGAGACCAUCAUCCAAGGGCAAGAGCAAGAGCCUGUGCAUCUUCCCAGUGGUGGCAUGGCUGCUGCUUACCACGACAGUUCUCCUCAGCGCAACUAGUAUUCGAAGAGUCAAUGCCAGCGUUAGCUGGGAUUGGGGCGAUUCCACGGUCGGCAGUAGUGUUGUAGCCGACGACCAAGAAUUCCUUGUGGAUUCUCAGUUUGGCAAUGUUCUUGCUUCUGGAGGAAGUAAUGUUUACCGCGCAUUACGGCAAGGGCAAAUUUGCAGUCAUACAUUCUACAGGAGAUGCCUUGAGAGUGGCGGGGGUAAUCUUAAAACCAGGCCAUGCCUCUACAGACAGCAGUGUCGCCACUAA